AUGUCUUCCCACGACCUCCUUCCCACCUAUGCCGCCGUGGCCUCGGCGCCCUCGGCGUCCGCGUCCGAGCUCGCCAUCGCCGCGUCGGCCCUCAACCUCCACACCGCCUGCGUCCAGCCCACCAUCGAGGUCAUCUCCAUGGUGUCGGUCGCCGAGAAGCUGAUCAAGGGCAUCAUGGCCAAGAUGCAGAAUGUCAUCCAGACCACUUUUGGCAACGAGGAUGUGUCGGUUCUGGCUCAUUUUGAGACGGCCGUCACAUCCCUUGGCGCCCCCAACGACUUCCUCGCCCUCGAAGAGACGGCAGCUGCGCUACAGGCAAAGCAGCAGCUCAUGUACGAGGGGCUGUACGCCAACGACAAGGCUUUGGCCGUCACCGUCGGCAGCCACCUCUCAUCCGACCAGAUCGAGGCUCUCCGCGACACCCAGCUGGUCGCUGACCUCUCCUCUCUCUCCAUCGACGCCCCUGACGUCGUCGCGCCCUCCUCUCCUCCGCCCGCCUCUCCCUUGGCCUUGCUCUCUCUCGGCAGCUCUCCUCCGUCCUCGCCUCGCGCCCGCUGCCACCUCGACUCGACCGACGACGUCGUCUCUCGCUUGGGAACGUUACCCGCACCCUCUGCCAACGUCGCCUCCAUCGUCUUUCCUCCUCCUUCUGCUCCAUGCUUGGGAACGUUACCCAUCGCUGCCGACCCUCAUCCUUCUUCAUGCUUGGGAACGUUACCCGUCGCCUGUCCGGCCUCCCCCGUCGCCGCCCCCGUCUCUGUCCCCGGCAACACUGAGACCGCUUUCUUGGGAAUGUUACCCACACCUGCCCUCCCUUCCCUUAUAAUUGAAACCCUCGGGAUGCUGCCCGACGACCUCCCUUCCCUGCCAUCCGACUCCGUGCCGGCCUCGCCAGUCGGUCAGAUGGAGGAAGCCCAGAAGCAGCGGGAGCAGGAAGUGUACGAGGCGCAGCAAAGACUGCAGCAGCAAGAACAGGAGGAGCAGCAGCAGCUACUGAACAAGCAGCAUAUGCAGCACUGGUUCGAGGAGCAGACGGCGCGUCAGGCGCAGAAACUCCUCGACCAACAGCAACAGCAGCGAGAGCAGCAGUUGCAGGAGCAGCAGCAGUUGCAGGACUUGCAGCAGCAGCAAAAGCAGCAGGAGGAGGAAGAACAGGCUGCGCUCCUGGAAGCUGCCAUUCUGGAGGCCUUCGAGCAGGACGCCCAAGAGGAGGCUGAUCGCUGGGAGGCUGACAGACAGCAGGGGGGGCAACAGCAGCAACAACAACAGAGACCUGCAAAUUCGGAUAUCUUCUCGUUUGUCAUGCCGGCUCCCAACAGGGGGCCCAUUUCAUUCCCCGAGUCUGCCGCCGCCGUACACGGGCUCUCUGGGACCAUAGAGCCGCGAGCGACCUAUAAAUUUGACUUCGCCGAGGCCGUGUCUGGUGCCCCUCCUUUCUUUGGAACUGCGGCCGCCGAAUCUGCUAGUGCCGCAGAUGACAAUGACGAAGAAGAAGAAGAAGAGGAAAGUUCCGACGAUGACUCGGAUUCCUCGCAGGACGACAGGCCGCCGGACGAAGUGAUCAGGGUGAGCACGUACAGGAACCUCAUCAAGCUUCUGAACGGCACCCUCGACUCGAAGCGCUUCAAGUGGGACGGCAACCACGACGGCGUCGACCGUUUCGGAGACAAGGCCGCCGUCUGGGAGCCCGAAAUGAGGCAAUUUGUGAUCGCCGACUGGCUUGCCGAGUGCACCUACGAGAUUGGCGAAGAUGAGACGGCCGACGACGUUCUCUUCCGCGUCAUGAGCAAGGUCGGGCACAUCCUGCUGACGGAGGUCUUGGAGCCGCACUCGGAGCCGCGGGACGGCCCGACCAUGCGUGGCGAGAUUGUCGGCAAGGAGGUCGCCCAGAUGCUUCGGCCCUGGGCGAACAGCCUUCGCUCGUGGAAGCUGGCGAGGCUCGAUCUCAUCAAGGCCUUCAAGCUGGCGGCUGAGUUCCGGGAGGUUCUCGACGUCAUGGUCGAGCAAGCGCAGAUCGAGUUUCGUGCAGUGGACAUUGACGACCCGGGCCAGGCGAGGUCAGUGUACGAUAUGUAUGCUGAUUUUGAGGGACGGCCUUUGUUCCCCAAUAUGAUCCGACUCGAGCCCGAUGAAGAGAUUGUUGAGGCGUGGGGGUGGUACGUUGCCUCUGGUGUUUGA